AUGAGCGAUGAAGAGGAUUUUAAAUCAGAGAGUGAAAAAGAGGAGGAUGAUUUUUCGGUUAGUGAGGAAGAAUGGCUGCCUGAAAAGAAAUCCAAGAAAAAAGGCAACAGAAAGUCGAAGCUAGGAAGCAGUUCUGGUGAUGAUGCCGGAUCGGUUUCGGAGAUAGAUAGCGAUGAUUUGGAAGACUUCGAAAGGAGAGCUAUCAAAAAUAAAGGAAAUAAAGCGGCUCGCAAAAGAUCAGCACCCAAAGCAUCACCAAAGCAGGAAAAACAAUCGGGAAAAAGGAAACGUCUGUCUCCAGGGCUACGAGACAGGCUGUAUCAACAGUACAAAAAAGAUUUGCUGAAAGAAAGAGCUCCAGCUAGGACUCCGCUAAACACUAGCGUUGCGGAUAUCUUGGAAAAAUGUAAAUUCCAACGAAAAACAUCAACAGCUAGCAAAAGCACAGCUGUUGAUUCUGAUAGCAGCGGUGACGAUCAUUUGAUUGACCCGGAAAAGUUGGAUUUGGGAGCCACAUUCUUCAGCAAAAGUGAACCUAAAGCAUCCGGAAGUGCAGAUGGGCCGCCUGAAUUCGACGUUAAUGCUGGAAUGCGUCUUUCCGACAGCUCGGACGGCGAAGAGGAACAACAUAUCGGUGAGGAAUAUUUGCCGGCCUCGAUUCCGAAGCAGGCCGCUGCCAAGUUAAUCUGCCAUAUCAAUCAGCAAUCGAGUGAAUACAUGAAUUUUACCAAUCUCGAUCAGUUCACGGCGAAGGUGGAGGAAGCGAAAAGGGUACUCAAAAACUACCAGCAAAAGGCAACCAACGCUAAUGAGUCGUCGGGUGAUAAUGCUGCUUCAUCCAGUGCGCUCGUGGAAAGCGUAUCUAGUUUGUUGGCGAAGGGAGAGAUGGAUGCAGGAACCUCGCCUGGAAAUAAGGAGCACAAUGUUUGUACAGAAGCAAGUUCAGACUCGGAAUGGGAAGAAGUGCACACAGGCGACAACCAGAAUGAUGAGCAACAAGAAACAAAUUCUAAACCACCUGCAGACUCUGCCAAUUGGCAGGUUACGAUUGAGAUGGAUACCGCACAAAGCAGGAGAAAGCGUAGGGAAGAGCUCGAAAUGGAGCUGUUCAUUAAGCGACAAAUCAACAAGGUAAAGCGUCAUAAUCAGCUCAACUAUCACAAAACUAGCAUUCUGUGUGCAAUUAGUAUCGGCCAGCAUUUGAAUCGCAUUAUCAACUUCGACCGUAUCCGGGCACAGAUGAUGUCGAUUAUGCAGAACAACUUUUGCAGCACUAGGGCUAAUGCCAACUGGGACAACAAGAAAAUGCAAAAAUUGGUCGAUUGGUUUAAGGCAGAGUUUACAUUGAAAACUUCCGAUUUCUUAGCUCCCCCCACAGGAUGUAGCUUAAACUUUAUGCUUUCGCUUGCCUUGUACACACGAAAGGUGGCCUGCCAGAGAGAUUAUAUUCUGUUGUUUUUGGUAUGCCUUCGAUUGGCCGGCGUUCAGGCACGGCUCGUGUUAUCCGCUAAUGUACCACCCAAAAGGCCAGCUAUGAGCGACCUCUGUCCCAUAACCGAACGCAAGAUAAAGGAAAAUCACGAGAAGCAUGUAACAAGCAAUGAACCUGUCAAGCGGGAUUCCUUCGAUAAAACAACCGCCAAAAUUGUACAAAAUCAUAACGAAGAUCUAAAGAAAAAACUACCGCCGCCAAAACAAAACAUUCCCAAUGUACCUGUGGGUAAAAUACCGGAUGAAAAAACUCCAAAAUCUGCAGCCACCAAGGAGAACCCGGCGGAAUCUGUCAGAAGAUCUCUUCGAAGCAGCACGGCGCCAAAAGUCCACACCGAACGGGUAACCCGGAGAGCCUUAACCACACUGAAUAUUCCACAACUUGAUGGUGGAGACGACCAGCUCGAAAACGAUUGCGCGACAAAAAAAAUAAUUCCCUUGAGACGUGUUCUGCGGUCCACGGCCAAGACCAAAGCAGUGACGUCCGAUGUGUCGCCAUUUGCAAAACGACAAUCAAAUACCACCCCUACUGUGGUUGAUAAGAUUCCAGCAAAAUCCCUAACCAAUGCAGCUCGUAAGAGAAAACUUUUUGCAGCAUCGACCGAGACACAAACGGCUCCUGUUACUCGGCGCUCAACGACGACAAUGAAACCAGUGGAACAAAAACAAACUAGACGUAAAAUGACGACCGAAACGAAAGAACCUAAGGUGAAACGAAGAACUCUUCGGCCAGAUCCACCGACAGACGAUGAUGAUGCUUUUGAAGCUCCCAAACAUGCGAAACAAUCGAAUGCUGUUAUGAAGACCCAAGUUCCGAUUGUUUUAGUCAACAAAAUUAAUUUGAAGACAUACGAGAAGGAUAAUGAAAAAUCUUCCAUCCCUUCAAGCUCGAAAAAAGCGACACCAGUGCGAAGGAAGCAGCCAAAGGCGACUUUGCAGAAGAAAACUCGCCCGAUCACUGACACCAGUGACGACAGCGACAGUGAUUUUGAGCUACACAAAUCGGAAGCAACCUCUAGUAAUCGUAAGAAAACGGCCAAAAAGGCAAGCAGCUCUGUGUCGAAAGCAAAUAAAUCUCCACACGCCGGACGCAGAAAGGCUGGGGAACAAAACGUUGAUAAAAAGGUCGAUCUUUGGAUAGAGUUUUUCAGCCAAAAGGAGAAACGAUGGAUUACAUUCGACCUAGCCCGAGGCCUCACCGACUGUGUAGACCUCAUUGUGCGAAACGCAACUAAUCCCAUAUCUUACGUCUUUGCCUGGGAUAACGAGGCACGCCUGAAGGACGUUACCGCUCGUUACGUCAAAAAAUGGAACACUACCUGCCGGAUGCUGCGCGUCGAGCAGAGCUGGCUAGAUAAGGCUCUACGGCCAUUUGCCCAUGAACCUACGGAGCGGGACCUCCUCGAAGAGAAAGAACUGGACAAGCUGCUGGACACCGAAAAACCGGUCCCGCAAACAAUCGGAGAGCUUAAGAAUCAUCCGCUGUACGCGCUGCGCCGACACUUGCUCAAGUUCGAAGCGCUCUAUCCGGCAGAACCGCUAACAUUCGGUUUCGUCCGGGGUGAAGCCAUUUAUCCUCGUGAGUGCGUCCACACGCUGCAGACACGUGAGAAGUGGUACAAGCAGGGCCGAGUCGUGCGUCCAUUCGAAACAACAUACAAAGUAGUAAAAUGCUGGAAGUACGAUCGCCCAAAUAACACAUGGCUGAAGGACCAGCGGUGCGAGUUAUUCGGCCACUGGCAGACCGACGAAUACGAUCCUCCGACGGCUGAGAAUGGGCUCGUGCCCCGGAACGAGUACGGCAAUGUGGAGCUCUUCACCGACAAGAUGCUCCCUAAGGGCACAGUCCAUCUUAAACUGCCGGGGCUCAAUAAAGUAUGCAAACGGCUUCAAAUCGAUUGUGCAUCGGCAGUGACCGGGUUCGAAAUGGCAAAAAUGCGCAUGAUUCCGGUUUACGAUGGAUUUGUCGUGUGCCAGGAGUUUGCCGAUCAGCUGGUCGAGGAGUGGUACAAGGAGAUGGAGGAAGAAGAGCGCCGGGAGCAAGAAAAGCUGGAAAAGCGCAUCUACGGCAAUUGGAAGCGUUUGAUCAAAGGGUUGCUAGUUCGACGCAAGCUGCAGAACAAGUACAAUUUCGAUAAUUUGGCACAGUAG